AUGGAAGAAUCAAAUAAAACCAAAAAACAAAGAGAGGGAGAGAAGGAGGAAGAGAGACGGGGAGAGAGAGUGGAGAGUGAGGGAAACAGAGAGGGAAAUGAGCAAGUGGUCGUCCUUAGCGCGUCCUGCUCCAGUGACGAAAGCUCCAGUGGUGCCGAGGAGGAAGCGUCUGCGCGGCGGCUACGAAGCCACGCCAAAAAGGCUGAGCCGGCGCCAAAGGUGACCCUGAGGUUCAUCCCAGGGGAAAAGAAGAAAAAGAGGGCCCUGAGGGACUCGUCUGGCGAGGAGGCAGCACCAGCCGUGGCGAACAAAUUGUCCACGGCGGCCAGAGGCCGGAUACGAGGCAAUGCAGGAAAGCAUACUUUCCUGAAGGCGGCAAAGGAAGACCUGGCGAAGGGGUUGGAGAGCGAAUCGGGCGACUCCGACCCCACAUACCGAUGUUCCUAUCGGCCGCCAAGCUCGACUGCAACGAGGACGCAGCCAAGCAGGGAGCAGCAGGGCGCCGGCGAAGAACUGCGCAAGCUCCGAGCGGACAACGCUCGACUAGCCAAAGAGCUUGAGCUGGUCCGCGCGGAAUUACGCGCCUUUAAGGAGGCAUACUCGGAGUCGCAAAAGCGAACGAACGCGAUUGCGACUCCGAGGGAGGCGCCCGAGGCCCAGCCGGGACUAGAGGAGGUGCUGAAGAGCGCCCUGGAGGAGAUGAGGCGCGAACUCCUACAAUCUGUUGGCGGGAUGGUGAAUGCCCGCCUUCAAGGCUUAGAGUCGCGCCUCCCCCCUGAGCCAGUGGUUAGGCCCCCACUGGCAGCGGACAAGCGGCAGCCGCCGCCGCCGCCCCGGCCUGAAGCCCGAUCCGGCCUGGCAGCAGAGGCCAUAAGAGGAGACCCGGCGGAACCGGCUCAGGCCCCUAAGGCCAAAGCCAGGUCGGCCAGACGGGGGCCCAAAACGGGCCCCAAAGAACGACCAACUGGCCCUCCACCUCCCCCUCCCCCCUCUCAGGAAUUGAGAGGACGGGCAGGGGGAGCCCAGCUACACAAAGCUGUAGCGGGCCAGGAGGACAACGCUCCCCAGGCAUCGGGGAGCGAAGUCCAAUGGUCAAAGGUGGUCGGCCGAAAGGCUAAGAAAAAGGGCAAAGCUCCGAAUCCAGCCGGAGCUCCCCCCCAAGUCGAUACAACCCGGCGGGGGACUGUGGCCACCCCCCUCACCAAGGCAGUUAAGAUCGUAGCCCCCAAGACGGCUGCUAUAAGCCUCACCCUUAAAAAGGGGGCUACGAUCUCCACAGCAGAGGGCCAAGUCACCGAGGCCACGUACGCUGAGGUCUUGGCUAAGGCCAAGGCCUCCAUCAAACUGAGCGACUUUGGCCUGGAGACGGUGAGGAUCCGGACAAGCAUGACCGGAUCCAAACUCAUGGAAGUGGGGGGGGAAACCCCUGAAGAGACUGCAGACCGCCUAGCCUCCGAGCUAACAAAAGUUAUUGGGGACUGGGCGGACAUCGCCCGCCCGUCCAAAUUGGUCGACCUCAGGGUCACUGGCCUGGAUGAGACGGUGACCCGUGAGGAAGUGGCGGACAAGUUGGCGACGGCUGGGGGCUGCCCCCCCAGUGCGGUCAAAGUGGGUCUCAUCAGGCCCAACUUCUGGGGUGGCGGCUCUGCCAUUGUAAAGUGCCCCGCGACGGCUGCCAAGGCAGUCGUCAAAAUAGGGAAGGUGGCCAUCGGUUGGACCAUGGCCACUAUCAACGCGGUGCAGGCCCGGCCAUUAAGGUGCUUCAAAUGCAUGAUGCUGGGCCACACUCGCGCCCUAUGCCCAACGGAAGCGGAGCAUGGUCAACUUUGCUUCCGUUGUGGCGAAGCGGGGCACAAGGCGGCCGCCUGCGAGGCGCCCUGUAAAUGCACAGUGUGUGCCACCACAGGGCGCCCGCACACGCACGUGAUGGGGGGCGACAAAUGUGUACCCCCCACCGUGAAAGGAAAGGUGACCAGGCUGCGUCCUAGCCCGCCGCAGCCUAGCCCGCCGCAGCCUAGCCCGCCGCAGCCUAGCCCGCCGGCCGAGGAAGCUAUGCAGGUGUCUUAA